AUGGCGAUUAAGAAGAAUAUCAAAAAACAAUAUAGUACACAUACUUCCUAUUUAAGAGGUACUGGUGGUGGAUCAUAUGUGCCACCACCUACCCCAAAAAAUGGAGAUGAAAAAUUAUUGAUGGAAACAAUUGCCAUUUCAGUAAAAGGGCUCCAGAAUGAAUUUGAUUCUGAUGCACUUGCAGGGUGCUACGGAAUGUCUGCUGCUCAACUCACUUCAAUGGACCAAUCCCAGAUUAUUGAGGUAGAUAUGAUAGAAACAGACUGGAACGAACCACAUGCUCAGUUACUACAAACUCCUAAACAUCCACUUUUGAAUAUUUAUAAUUUAAGUGAUGAUGAAAUAGAAAAAGGAAAUAAAGUUCCAGAGACACAAGAGAAUCAUCCAGCAGUGCUAUCAGAAAAUUUACCAAACCCACAUUCUGAAGAUUUGACAACUCAAAAAGAAUUCAACUUACCCCAACCCACCACAUGGCAAACCAGAAGGAGGCCAGUGAUUCCCAAAAGAAAAACAGUAUCUUCUGUAGCUGGCAAAUUUGAAAUCCUGGCUGAACAAAAAUGCCAGUUGAUUGAAAUUGAGAAAAACAUUGCCAAACAAAGAGAAACUUAUUCCAAAACUGAGCAAGAAAUGAACCUUAAAUUACUGGAGGGACAAAAUGAAGAACAAAAAUUGAAAAUCAAAUUUCUGGAAAGUCAGCUUGGAGAGCAAAAAUUGAAGAUUGAAUUGUUGAAAAUUCAGAUAAACAAUUUACAAUCAGUGAAAAAAAUACAAAUAUCUUCAUCAGGAAGAUGA